AUGCUUACAAUAAAAAGUGAAAUAAAACAUGAAGAGGAGCCACUUGUGUUAUAGAAGAGGGCGAAUUUUAGAUACAAAGAAGUUUUCGAUAUAUCAAAUGAAUAUGAAAAAUAUGUUAUAUUAGAUAAUAUUAGUCAUGAUAGUAAUGAUAUUAAGAGAUGUUCAUUUAGAAAAAUAACUUAAAAACAACAGAAAGAACUCCUUAGGACAUUUUAGGAAAGCGACAUAUAGGUAAGUGAUGGAGAGAAUAGUUAGGAUUAAUAUUAAAAAUUAGAAAAUAAUAAAGAAAAUAUAGAAUAUAUCAUACAAAACUCAUUGAAUCUUCAGAUAUAUGUAAAUUAAAGCAAUAAUCUUUAAUUCAAGGAGAUAUGGAAAAAUUAAUUGGGUGUACCUUUUGAAUUGGCUUCUACCAAUCUAACAUAUGAUAAACUUGAAAUCUUAAAUACAUUUUCUCCCAUAAAUUAUGAAACUCUAAUCAAAGCCUAACUGCUUUAGAUGUUUCCUUUGACAUAAAUGAGCCAACAUCCAUUUUAAUGUUGGGAUCGUUUUAUCAAAGACAAAUAGCUGCUCGCAAAAUUAUGUGAAAUCGUAACACAUAACUCUGCAUAGGGAAAAUUAGAAUAAUUUCAGAAUCAUUUAAGUCAAAUCGCUAAAAAAUAAUCUAUUUAGCCGAAUUGCUAACAAAUAAAGUUUGUACAGGAUUUCUAAAGAAAGAGUGCUGGCAAUAUUAUUUCGUAGAGCUUAGGAUUAGAGAGACGGCAUCUUAAGAAUACUAGCUUAAAUGAAAACAAUGACAACAAUUAAGAUGACAUAAAUGAAAUAGAAGAAAUAAAUAAAAUAGAAAAAUUAAAUUCAUAAAAAAAGCAAUCCCGUAAAUCGAAGUAUCAUGGUUUAAGCAGACUUUUACUGUAUUCAAUUUUAGAUCUAUUUAAACCAGCUAAUAUGACUAUACUUUAAAUUCCUUAAGAAAUAUAAACAGCGCUCAUUCAGUUAGUCAAGAGACUUAAAAAAAGUGGGAAAUUUUCAAUUAAAAAAAACAGCGAAGACUUAGCUAUUCGGGUUUAAAACGAAAAAGGCAAAAUUACAAAGACAGAUUUUUAUAAUCAUUCACAUUAUAAUGCUUUAUUUUUAAUUUUAAAUCCUACAUCAAUUCGGUAAAUGCGUAACUCCUUCAAAGAUGUUUAAAUUCAUAAAUUCGUUUUUGGAAUUGAUAUUUCAAAUAUAUUACUUGAUUAAAAUUAAUUGGCUUAUAUAAAUAUACUAAAAGCUUAUUCAUAUAUGAUUUUUUAAUCUUCUUUGCUUGAAUUUUAAGGUAGCCGCAGCUAUUACACGAAAGAACAAUCUUUAAUAAAGGAAAAUUAAAAUUAUGAUUAGCAAUUAAACAAAACUAAUUAGCUUGAAUAAAUUCAUAGAAAGUACUCAACUCUUUCAAUCACCCAGCCAAUAAGUACCUAGGGUUCUUGCUUUAAUUAAACAAACAUUCUUAAUAAAGAGUUGCAGUUUUAAAAAUAGGCUUCUUUAAUUCACGAUAGUGGAGAAGUAAAGCAUUCAAAUUUAAAUAUCCGAAAAAAAUACUUGAAAAGAGUUUAAAAAAGUAUUGCAUACCUAUCCUAAGGAAUUUAAGUGCUAAGAUUUUGA